AUGUUACGCCCCACCCACGCCGUGCUCCGCCCGAAUGUCGUGGUGGUUGGCACUGGAUGGGCCGGUGCAUACUUCACAAGGAAUUUAAAUUGCAAAUUGGCAAACCUGCAGGUUCUUUCCGUACGGAACCAUUGUGUGUUUACUCCGCUUCUUCCCCAAACCACAACAGGGACUUUGGAAUUUCGAGCGGUAUGCGAGCCCAUUUCACGCAUUCAACCUGCUCUCGCGACAUUACCCAAUCGUUUCUACCGCUGCGUAGUGUAUGGUGUCAACUUUGAUGAGAAGGAAGUAAACUGCGUUGGUGUUGGAGUCGUUGACACCAAUUUUAAUGCGACUGUGCAAACGUUUAAUAUAAAAUACGAUAAGCUGAUCUUGGCGCAUGGCGCACGACCAAAUACCUUUAACGUACCUGGUGUCAUGGACAAUGCCUUCUUUCUUCGCGAGGUGAAUGAAGCCCGCGGUAUUCGAAAGCGUCUCGUUCAAAACAUCAUGGUGGCAGAUUUGCCUACCACAGAUUUGGAAGAGGCGAAGCGCCUGCUACAUGUUGUCGUCGUUGGUGGAGGUCCUACAGGUGUCGAAUUUGCUGCUACUGUGGCCGAUUUUUUUCGUGAUGAUGUACGCAAGAUUAACCACAAACUUGUCGAAUUCUGCAAGGUUACUGUACUUGAGGCGGGCGAGGUAUUUGGCAUGUUUGAUCUGCGGGUUCGAAAUUGGGGAAAACGCCGACUGGAUGCGCUUGGCGUGCGGAUCGUGAAAGGAGCCGUGGUAGCGGUCAAUAACAAGGAGGUGGUCACAAAGGAUGGCAUUGUGAUUCGUACGGGACUGGUGGUCUGGAGCACCGGUGUCGGUCCUUCCUCAUUGACGAAAGACUUGGAUGUGGACCGCACAUCCCGUGGCCGCAUCUCAAUUGAUGAUCAUUUGCGUGUCCUUCGGAAAGGGGCGCCCAUUCCUGAUGUAUUUGCCAUUGGAGACUGUGCCGCGAACGAGAAACUUCCGUUACCCACUCUGGCCGCUGUGGCAUCUCGACAGGGUGUGUACCUCGCAAAGAAGGUGAAUGGGGAGCUGUCAAAUAAACCCAUUAUGGCGCCAUUUGAGUACAGGAGUCUGGGCUCUAUGGUGAGUCUGGGGGAUAAUGCGGCCCUUGUAGAAUUGAAUGUGCCGACUAAAUUUGACUUUGUCGGUCUCAAGGCCCUGUUUUUCUGGCGCAGUGCAUACCUCAGCAUCUUAGGCUCGUGGAGGAAUAAACUUUAUGUGCUGGUGAAUUGGGUGGGGAGUGCUGUCUUUGGCCGUGACACCACCUUCAUUGGCGAUCUCAGCGAGGAUCGUGUCUGGCGCACGUUGGCGGCGGAGGAGGUUUCACGCGAAUAUGCCCGGAAAAAGGCCUUUGCCAAGCUAAAGAUGAUGGAGACAAAAACAACAAUCACCGCUGAGACCCUCGAAAUGGGGGCUGAGAUGGGCUACAUUGUCGGUCAGAGCGACAAAGCGGAGGAUUCUUCGACUGCGGAAGCAAAAGACACUCCCAACACGAAGCCACAGUGA